AUGCUCGAGCUGCGCCCCAACUGCGAGUCCUGCGACACCGACCUUCCCCCCGAGUCUACCGACGCGUGGAUCUGCACGUUCGAAUGCACGUGGUGCACGUCCUGCGCAACCGGCAAGCUUGCGCACAAGUGCCCCAACUGUGGUGGCAACCUCCAGCCCAGGCCCAUCCGCCCCGCCGACAAGCUUGCGCGCUUCCCGGCCUCGACGAAGAGGGUGCUCAAGGACGCGGCCUAA